AUCAAUGUAACCGUUCGCUAUUUAUAGUGGGAAUGGAAAUGAAUAAAUGCAAUAAAUCUAAGAAAUCUUCCCUCCAUAUGCUAAACAAAACAAAAAAAAAAAUAAUUCACUGAUUGACAGAAAGCUUUACAGUCAAAAAGACACGUUCGAAUCACAUGUUAAUAAAUACUCGAAUGUAGAACAGACUCAGUUAUAAAUUGGUCAUUGUUGACGUAUUCUGCUGAGAUUAUUUAACGAAGGAUUGCAUUCGUCUUAGAAAGUAUUGAAGACCAAAAGAACGCCAAUAAUGCAAAAUACAUUUCAAGCCGCUUUUAGCGGUUUAACGCGACAAUACAUUAUAAAGCAGUCGUGGCCCUGUGGCAGAAAGCUCUUAAGGACGAAACUGAUAAUCCCACCGUCUUCUACAUCCUACAGCCCAUUUAAAUGUCGAAACUACUCAAAGUUUAGCACACAUCUGUCCAUGGAUAGGGCGAUGGAGCUGCUAUGCAACCUUGAUGAUGAGGAACGCAGCAACCUGCGCUCAGCUCUUGGCAGGCUAGACGCCGACAAGGAAAAAAAGUUGUACGAGAGUCAACUGGCUUUCGGUAGUUGGCGCACUCGGUUCGGACGACUUUCUAAUAAGACGGAGUUGGGCCAAGUUAUUGCGGGAACUUUUUGUGCAGUCCCUGAUGAUUGGCUGCGAAAAAAAUUGGUUGAGACGGCAGCAUCACCCACUGCAGGUCAAUUAUACAGUAUUUUCUUUGUAAAUGCUGUGCCGUUUGUCGCUUUCGGAUUUCUUGACAAUUUUAUAAUGAUUAUGGCGGGGGAAUAUAUUGAAUAUUAUUUGGGCCACUUUAUAACGCUGUCUACAAUGGCAGCGGCAGGACUAGGCAACACCAUAAGCGAUAUUUUGGGAAUCACUAUGGCCACCUACGUUGAGAAUGGGUGCCAGAUAUUGGGUCUAAAGCAGCCCAAUUUGACUCCAGCGCAAUUCGAAUUAAAGUCUAGCAAGAGGUCGUCAAGUUACGGUCGGAUUGUCGGCAUCACUGUGGGCUGUCUGCUUGGAAUGUGCCCUUUAUGGUAUAUGGAUGAAAAAGCAGAUAAGGUGAACGUAACUGAUGAAAUCCACAAAAAAUAAAAAGUGUUUUCCAGCUUCUCAAGAGAACGGACAUCGCAAAUAAUAUAACAACAUUCACUUUUCAUACUUAAAAA